AUGGCAAAUAAUCAAGCGGUGGCUGAGAUGGCGAUAAGAGACGUCUCUCAAUCAACCAACACAACAUUCCCCAGCACUCCCCUCAACCUCACCCAAACUCCAGAAGACCUCCGCCUCAAAUGGGUCUCCGCCAUAACCUCAGAUCUACGUCGCAAAGAAGACCAGACUUACCCAAACACAACCCGUGAUUUUCAAAUCGCUCUCAAUCAUGAUGGCUCGAUCGAGAAUCUAGCUAAAGAUCCAUACCUUUUGAUUGAAAUCCACUCCGAAGACCCGUCCAUCAGAGACUACACACCACGCUUCAACCUGCCAAAACAAAUCGAAGAUCACCUUCCCUCACGAGAAGAUAAGAUCGAGCGGAAAGAACUUUUCGCGUUAGGUGGGUUGGUGUAUCAACUCAUCUCCGGGAAAGGCAUGUUCGACGAUUUUGCAAAUAAUGUUGCCAGUAUCUCUGUUAUUGAGCAGAAAUUCAUCGCUGGGGAGUUUCCGGAUGAUGUUUGGGGGUUGAAGGCUGCGGUUAGGGUGUUGGGAUGUUGGUGUCCGCCGUUUGCGAAGGAAUUUGUAGAUGCGGAGAAGGAAAGGGAGAGGAAGGAGAAAGCGGCCGCCAAAAAGAAGAAUCUCCUCCUCGGCGCGAAAAUCCUCGGCGGCGGUCUGGCAACCACGCUCGCAGCCCCGGUUGUCCUCCCACUCGUUGGAUUUGGCGGUGGUGGCGUGGUCGCUGGGUCUUUGGCCGCGGCGUGGCAAUCUAGUAUUGGUAUUGUUCAGGGAGGUAGUGUGUUUGCGUUCUUGACGAGUGCAGGCGCGGGAGGUGCUGCUACGGCGGCGUUUAUGGCUACGGGGGUUGCGGGAGCGUCGUUACUUGUGGCUGCAACUGGAGCGGGGUUCUUUGAUAAGUUGAGGAAUGAGACGGAGGUUGUUGAGUUGAGGGAGCAUUUUUUGGAGGUUUGGAGGAGGGAUUUGAAGUGA